AAAUACCUUGGGCACAGGACUUCAGCCCCAAUCCGGCCAUCCUCCUUUCCCCUAACAUUUUAAGAAUUUAAAGAUGUUGAGAAAUACGGACAAAAGCCAAGGAGAGGAGGCUUCCGUCCACAGCCAUGCAUCGAGGUAACAAAUGAAACAGCCUGAAGCCUUGUUGCUACAAAGCCAUAGAAGUGGGUCUGAAACAUACUCAGAAGUCAAGUUGGUGUCUAGGCACAGAUAUCCUCUACCUCUUGAGCAGCAGAGUCAAAACGGGAACCCCCAUCCGGGUGUUUUAGGGGACUCCCCCAGACUGUUUUGGAGUUGUCACUCGGCAUCUGAAGAGGGCUCAGCUUCUGACUCGGGGAGCCAGUCAGACAGUGAGCAAGGCAGUGAUCAUGGAAGUGAAUCCAACAGCAGCUCCGAGUCUUCAGAAAGUCAGUCCGAAUCAGAGAGCGGGUCCACAGCAUCCAAGUCUCAGCGGACCCCUCCGGAAGCUAAGGAGAAACCAGCAUCCAAGAAAGAAAGGAUAGCUGACGUCAAAAAAAUGUGGGAAGAAUAUCCCGAUGUUUACGGGGUGAGACGAUCCAAUCGUAGCAGACAGGAGCCUUCGCGUUUUACUAUAAACGACGAGGGGCAUAGCGAGUCUGAAAAUGAGAGUCCCAAAAGAAGAGGGCCAAGGCAAGUGAAAAAAAUAGGUAAAUGGAAAAGGGAGGGAUCUGAGGAUGAUGAUGAUGAAGAAGAUGAUGAAGAUCAAGGCUCCAGUGGAGAGAGCGAACAAGAAGUGAAGAAAGUGAAAUCCAGGAGACUUUGUUCAAGAAGAACAGCGAGCAAAUCCCUCCCAAAAAGGAGCAGCAAACCCCAGCGUGCAAACAGGCGGAGGAAAACCGAAUCAUCAGAGGAAGAUGAUGAUGAUGAAGAAGAUGAGGCUCCCAAAAGACAAACUAAGCGCCGAGCAGCCAAAAAUGUCAGUUACAAGGAAGACGAUGACUUUGAGACCGAUUCCGAUGACUUGAUUGAGAUGACAGGAGAAGGAGCAGAGGAGCAGCAGAGUAACAGCGAAACCAUUGAGAAAGUGCUGGAGAAGAGAAUGGGCAAGAAAGGAGCCACUGGGGCCUCCACCACGGUCUACUCAACAGAAGCCAACGGUGAUCCCUGUGCCGAUUUUGACCCAGAAAAGGAGGAAGGGGAGGUGCAGUACUUAAUUAAAUGGAAAGGUUGGUCGUAUAUCCACAGCACGUGGGAAAGUGAGGAAUCCUUGCAGCAGCAGAAAGUGAAAGGUCUCAAGAAGCUGGAGAACUUCAAGAAGAAAGAGGAAGAAAUCAACAGUUGGUUGGAAAAAGUCACUCCAGAAGACAUCGAGUAUUACAACUGCCAACAGGAGCUGGCGGCUGAAUUGAACAAGCAGUACCAGAUUGUGGAAAGAGUGAUUGCGGUGAAAACAAACAAAUCGCCAACUCCUGGAACUGAAUUUCCAGCUCACAACCGCAAGUCCUGCUCCAAUGAGCCAGAAUACCUUUGCAAGUGGAUGGGGCUUCCUUACGCAGAGUGUAGUUGGGAAGACGAAGCUCUGAUCAGCAAAAAAUUCCAGCACUGUAUCGAUAGCUUCAACAGUAGGAACAACUCCAAAGCCAUGCCGACUCGGGACUGCAAGGUGCUGAAGCAAAGACCUCGCUUUGUGGCCUUGAAAAAGCAACCCUCCUACAUUGGUGGAGACAAUCUGGAGCUCCGGGACUAUCAGCUGGAAGGCCUAAAUUGGUUGGCUCACUCCUGGUGCAAGAACAACAGUGUCAUCUUGGCAGACGAGAUGGGCUUGGGCAAGACCAUCCAGACCAUUUCUUUCCUCUGCUGCCUCUUCUAUCAGCACCAGCUCUAUGGUCCUUCCAUGAUUGUGGUGCCCUUGUCAACCCUAACCUCAUGGCAGAGGGAAUUUGAAAUCUGGGCCCCGGAGAUCAACGUGGUUGUCUACAUUGGAGAUCAGAUGAGCAGGAACACUAUCCGUGAGUACGAGUGGAUCCACUCUCAGACCAAACGGCUGAAGUUCAACGUGCUGAUCACAACGUACGAGAUACUCUUGAAAGACAAGACAGUUCUCGGAAGCAUCAACUGGGCGUUCCUAGGGGUGGAUGAAGCCCAUCGCUUGAAGAACGAUGAUUCUUUGCUCUACAAGACACUGAUUGACUUCAAGUCUAACCAGCGCCUGCUCAUCACUGGGACACCCCUUCAGAAUUCCCUCAGAGAGCUAUGGUCUCUGCUCCAUUUUAUCAUGCCAGAGAAGUUUGAAUCCUGGGAAGACUUUGAAGAGGACCAUGGCAAAGGACGCGAGAAUGGGUACCAGGGUCUGCAUAAAGUCCUGGAACCGUUUCUCCUGCGCAGGGUGAAGAAAGACGUGGAGAAAUCCCUCCCCGCCAAAGUGGAGCAGAUCCUGCGGGUGGAGAUGUCUGCCCUCCAGAAGCAGUAUUACAAAUGGAUUUUAACAAGGAAUUACAAAGCCCUGUCCAAGGGAACACGUGGCAGUACUUCCGGCUUCCUGAACAUCGUGAUGGAGCUGAAGAAAUGUUGCAAUCACUGUUACCUGAUCAAACCUCCAGAAGAGAACGAGAGGGAAAACAAUCAGGAGAGGCUGCAGUCUUUAAUCAGGAGCAGUGGAAAACUCAUUCUUCUGGACAAACUGCUCAGCAGGCUCCGCGAGAGGGGCAACCGAGUACUCAUUUUCUCCCAGAUGGUGAGAAUGUUGGACAUCUUGGCGGAGUAUCUGACCAUCAAGCACUACCCUUUCCAGCGCCUGGACGGUUCCAUCAAAGGAGAAAUCCGAAAACAGGCCCUGGAUCAUUUCAACGCUGAAGGCUCAGAGGACUUCAUCUUUCUGCUCUCCACGCGAGCCGGCGGCCUGGGGAUCAACUUGGCAUCGGCUGACACGGUGGUGAUCUUUGAUUCGGAUUGGAACCCCCAGAAUGACCUGCAGGCCCAGGCUCGGGCUCACCGGAUUGGGCAAAAGAAACAAGUAAAUAUCUAUCGCUUGGUUACAAAGGGAACAGUGGAAGAAGAGAUUAUAGAAAGAGCGAAGAAGAAGAUGGUGCUGGACCAUCUCGUGAUACAACGGAUGGAUACCACCGGACGGACGGUUUUGGACAAUAGCUCGGACAGAUCCAAUACAAACCCAUUCAACAAGGAGGAACUGACAGCCAUCCUGAAGUUUGGAGCUGAAGACCUUUUUAAAGAAGCAGAAGGAGAAGAAUCUGAACCACAGGAAAUGGACAUUGAGGAAAUCUUACGCCUGGCUGAGACACGAGAGAACGAACCAUCCACAAGUGCAACCGACGAACUGCUUUCCCAGUUUAAGGUAGCAAACUUCGCCACAAUGGAGGAGGAAGAAGCCGAGGUGGAAGAAAUAUCUCAAAAGGAUUGGGAAAACAUCAUUCCUGAGGAACAGAGGAAGAAAGUGGAAGAGGAGGAGCGACAAAAGGAACUAGAUGAGAUAUACAUGCUGCCCAGAAUUCGCAGCUCAGCCAAAAAGGCUCAACCCAAUGACAGUGAUUCAGAUGUUGACCUAAAGAGAAAGCUACAGAGAUCGUCUGGCUCAGAGACCGAGACGGAAGAAUCAGAUGAUGACAAAAGGCCCAAACGCAGAGGAAGACCUCGCAGUGCUCAGAAGGACACGGUGGAAGGAUUUACAGACACCGAAAUCAGAAGAUUUAUCAAGGCUUACAAGAAGUUUGGUGUUCCUUUGGAGCGACUGGAAUGCAUUGCUCGGGAUGCCGAACUUGUGGACAAAUCUGUAGCUGAUCUGAAACGUUUGGGGGAACUUCUCCAUAACAGUUGUGCAUCAGCCAUGCAGGAGUACGAGGAGCAUCUGAAGGAGAACCCAACUGAAAACAAAGGACCAGGGAAAAGAAAGGGACCCACAAUUAAGAUCUCUGGAGUCCAGGUGAAUGUCAAAGCCAUUAUUCAGCAUGAGCAGGAGUUUGUGAUGCUCCAUCAGAUCAUUCCAUCUGACCCAGUGGAGAGGGCAAGGUUCCAUCUGAACUGCCGUGUCAAAUCUGCCCAUUUCGAUACAGACUGGGGAGUGGAAGAGGACUCUUGCUUGCUGCGGGGAAUUUACGAGCACGGAUGUGGGAACUGGGAGCUCAUCAAAUCAGAUCCAGAACUGAACCUGACCGACAAGAUUUUACCAGUUGAGACCGAUAAAAAGCCACAGGGGAAGCAGCUCCAGGCACGAGUAGAUUAUCUGCUGAAACUUAUCAAAAGAGACCAGAAAAGGAAGGAAAGUGUGACAAACACAGAGGAGGCCGAAGCCAAAGUAGCGAAGCCUCGAAUCCGGAAGGAAAACAAGCCCCCCAAAAUCAAGGAGGAGCCAGGAAACGAGGUUUCUUCUGCACAGCCUGCAGACAACCUGUCAGUAGAAGGACAGAAGAAGGAGGACGGGGUGAAUAAGAAUACCCUGAAAAAGAAGUUGAAGAAAGAGAACAAGGAUAAGCAGCCAGCCAAAAGCCAAGAAAAGGAAGGGGAAAAGGAAAGGAAGAAAGAAAAGGAUAAAAAGCAACAGGAUAAAAAAGAACAGCCAAAAGGCAACGAGGCCAAAUCUGGCCACAAAGGGAAGAAGACGCUGACUCAGGGUCCCGUCCACAUCACGGCAGGAAGUGAGCCUAUCCCCAUUGAUGAAGAGGAAGAGGAUGACUUAGACCAUGCAACCUUCACCAUUUGCAAAGAGCAGAUGAGGCCAGUCAAGAAGGCCCUGAAGCAGUUGGAUAAGCCAGAAAAAGGACUUUCAGAACAAGAGCAGCUGGAGCAAACUCGGAGUUGCCUGCUCAAGAUAGGAGACCAUAUUGCUGAAUGUUUGAAACCCCACAUUGAACAGGAAGUUCUUAAUGUAUGGAGAAGGAAUCUCUGGGUGUUUGUAUCGAAGUUUACUGAAUUUAACGCCAAAAAAUUGCAUAAGAUAUACAAGAUGGCUAGUAAAAAACGAGCCCGGGAACUGGCGGAACAGAAGAAGAAGGAAGAGGCAACGAGCGGCAAGCGGCCCCUUCGUCCAGAAGCUCCUGGGCCCAGUCGAGAUACUCAGAUGACUUCUGUCCCCCAUAGCCCUCAUGCUCAAAGGCUGCAGCAGCCACCUCCUCACCCUCCCCAGAUGCAUGGACAUCCACGGGAGAACUACAAGCAGUCAAGUAGAAGGCAUUUCAGCAACACAGAACGGAGCGAGUGGCAGAGGGACCGCAAAUUUAAUUACAGUGGCAAUGCCGUUCAAAGUUGGAGCAGAAACCGUUACUACCCAUAUGAGCAGCCCUGGUACAAGGAGCGCCACUAUGCGGAUCGCCAGGUGCGCGCAGAACAGUAUCGGAGCUCAGCAAACUACCGGCCAAGCAACGUCUCUCGUAAACGCCCGUAUGAGCAGUACAACAGUGAACGAGAUUAUCGGGACCAGCGUGAAUACAGAUACUACCAUGAUGCCAAGAGACGAAGAAUCGAUGAAUUCCGGUCCCAGAAUUACCAACAAGAUUUCCGGAGGAUGUCUGACCACAGACCCCCUUUGGGUUAUCAUGGGCAAGGGCCUUCAGACCAUUACAGGCCUUUCCACCCAGACAAAUCUGCUGAUUACAAGCAACUCCUUCCCCCUCCUCACUCCCAGAUCCCUGAUCCUCGCUCUCCAGCUUCUCAGAAAUCUCCACUUGGUGUCAAGUCUCCCAUCCAGCACCGAUCACCUCUGGAUAGGCCGUUAGAGCAGAAGAACAAUCCAGAGUAUAACUGGAGUGGCUGGAAAACCUAGAGGCCCAGAAGCAGAGGCCAAUGGAAAGUGCUAGUCCGGCCCACAGAAACAACAGUUACUGGGCCAUCCAUGCUGGAACCAGAAAGCCUGAAUAUCGUGCUGUAGAGCUUUGGGCUGUAAGAAUUGGUGGUGGGUCAGAAGAACAGGACCCACCAAGGGCCUGUAUUUUAGCCCCAAAUUUGCCUCCCGUCAGUACACUGGCUGAACGUUGGGAGUGGUCUUCACUGGCACCAAGGGACCCGUAGAGAACAAGGUCAAGUCUUCCCCCUAGGUUUUGGAAUGAAGAUUUAGUGUUUGUGUCUGCAAUGCCAACUUGAGUUCUGCACAUUUCACAAAAUGGACAGAUGGCUGCGUAGGAUACAGACAGAGAUGAAAGUGAACACCCCUUUGGAGUUGACGUUCAAUUUGCUGCUGGGGGGGAAUGAUAGAGAAGACCUCAGUAACUACAGUAGUAGAAUAAAAAUUUGGCGUUGGGGAGGGCAGGAGCGAGACUGAAUUAGAGAACAGUGAAGCCAACCUUUGGUGAGAAUGCUUGGAAAUCUUGUCGAAGAGAAGAGACUUGGAAGUUUGUGGACUUAAGGUUGCCAGAAUACCAGAAAACGAAACAAAAGAAGGGAGGGUUUGUGAUCUCAUCCUUCCUUUUCUCCUCUCCAUGCUUUUCUUUACCUUAGCAACGUUGGGACUUCAAGCAGCGCUAUGUGGACAGAGAACACUUUUUAAAUAAAGGCAGAAUUUUCAUUUCCAUGGUUGUGAAGGAGAGGACAGUAUGUCCACGGCACUGGGGGACUUCAAUAUUCAGAAAUUGACUGUGGAGCUCCUGUUUUUUCCUCUUCUUCUCCUCAUGAUCCAUGGGAACACCAGGGAUGCGGCUUGGAGAAAGGAGCUGAGGGAGGGGUCCAGUUCAGGCAGUAUUUCUUGAACAUCCCAAGAUGGUCAAUUUAGCACUUUUAGUUAGGAAGGUUCAAAAACCCCAAUGGCUGCCAUCCACAGAAAGGAGACACCAACGAACUAAGCAAGAUGAAGGAAGCCUGUCAUGGAGUGAAGGAUAACAUGGAGUUUUGACCCACAUUUUUAUACAAAGGUGGCAAAGAUCUGAGUCAUAGUUAUACUUUGAUGAUCUUUCUCAGCAGCAUCUUCUAAAAAAAAAAAACCAAAAAAAACCCCACCCCAACUCUGACGGAUAUAUUCCCCACACUGAAAUGUGUACAUGUGUUCAUGUGUGGGCACUUGGCCCCGAAUCUAUUUGUUUGGGUUAAAUUAUUGCUUUUUAAAAAUGCAAUGGCCAAAAAUACAUGCUGAAAAGUUCUGUGAGUAGCAUCCCCGGUUUAUCACCUCUCGAGUGAAUUUUGUGCCCCCAGCAACAAUUCUGAGCCAUAAUUUUUGAUAAAAAGAGUUCCACUGCCAAGUCAGUUCCUUAAGUGUUAAAAGGUAACUAGUGACAUAAGAAGGAAAUAAUCAGACUGUUUUUCUAGGUUUCUAGAGGGGCCUGUUCUAUGUUUACAUAACUGUGUCCAUCCACGAAUGUGUCAUACACUCUUCUUUUUUUCUCUCCCACCUGCUAAACUAUGAUUGUAGAAAAGACACUAUGGAGUUUAAGGUCCUAUUAUGAUUACAUGGUUUGAAUUGAGGUUGACGAAUUGAAUUCCAGAUUUGUUCAACAGAAAAUGGAAGCUAAGAAUUUUAUCUUCUUAAUUAGAACAAAUCUUUCAUACCUUAGCUAUGAUGGCUUCCUGUUACUUAAUUAGAAUAGUUAUUAUUUCAUACUUAAGUUCUGAUAGUUCCUUAAUUGUUACUUAAUUAGAAUAGAAUUAAUUAGAAUAGAUACUAUUUCACUCCCAAAUUCUAGUGUUUCUGUAAGGGUAACAUAUAUUUGGGGCCCAUAGUUUUUCACACUUAAGUUCUGAUAGGUUCCUUAAUUGUUACUUAAUUAGAAUAGAAUUAAUUAGAAUAGUUACUAUUUCUCCCCUAAUUUCUGACAUGUCCCUCUAAGAGCAAAAUAUAGUUGGACUGAUGAUUUUCAAGUCGGAGACUUUCACUUUUAAUUUCUGACAUGUUGCUUAAUUGCUACUUAAUUAGACUAGUUGCUAUUUUGUCCCUAAGAAGUUUUUACUCUCAACUUCUGAUAUGUUCCUUCAUUAGAAUACAAUUAAUUAGUUACUAUUUCAGUCCUAAUUUCUGACAUGGGCAAUUAUAUACUUGGACCGAUAGUUUUCAGGUGGGACACUUUCACUUUUAAUUUCUGAUACGUUGCUUAAUUGCUACUUUAUUAGAAUAGUUGCUAUUUCACCCCUAAGUUCUGAUAUGUUCCUGAUUGUUGCUUAAUUAGAAUUGUUACUGUUUCACUCCUAAGUUUUGACUUGUUCCCAUAAGGGUGAAAUACAUUUGGGGCCGAUAGUUUUAGGUGGGGUAUCGUUACAACGAAAUUGUAAGCAUAAUAAAUCCCGAAUGUUUGUAUGUUCUGUUCUUGACCGGGUUGGGAAUUACAAAAUGUUAGUGGGAGGGUGGCCUAUGAAAUCUGGGUUUGUGCCUGAUUUGAUGCAUUUAUGAAGUUUUAUUGGAGAAUUGAAGGAGAAGAUUCUGCUGCUGUUGGAUUUCUACCAGUGGUCCAGCUAUGAUAACCCUAUUGUUGCGUUUCCCCCCAAAGAUCUGGAGCAGAAGAGCUCUGGUGCAUAAAGUCAUGGACUUAAAGGGAAAUGAAAUCCCUAUGACUAAAUACAGUAAUUAAUAUUAAUUUAUAUUUGUGACAAAGGACUUUGCCACUGUCUAAGUGAUUUCCGAUGUAAAUAUGUUGUUUAUAAAGUAUGUAUUAAAUUUUUUCUAUUGUUAAGCUCCUGUACUUUGGAUUCUUGUACAUUAAAAGGUCAGGAAGUUUUUCAUAAAUUGGAA